AUGGCUGAUGCAAUGACUGCUCUAUAUGAGCAGAUUGACAACGCUGAAACAGCCUGGGAAGUCCUUGGCAUCCGAAGCCGCUCCAUCACAAAAGCAGAAAUUCGCGACACUUACAGGUCUCUGGCUCUCCUUCUGCAUCCAGAUAAAGCACAAGACGAGGAGCUUAGGGAGCAGCAUACGCAAGUUUUUCAGAAAAUCCAAGAGGCUUACGAGGUCUGCCUCUCAGAAAUCAUACAUGUCAAAGGCGGCAUCCCCGAGUCUGAGCCAGCAGCCCUGCCAGAAAGUUUGGAAUCACUUCAUGCGCGAAAUGUCGCCAACAAAGAGGCGCUGAAAGCUGCGAGAGCAGAAGCGCUGAAGUUCAUUCAGGCCGAAAAGGAGGCCAUGCAGGCCGAAAGGGACAAGAAAGCUUACAGGGAAGCACGGUACGAAGCCAAAAGACCGACCAUCUUGCUCAACAAGGACGCACGUCCGGCCGAGAGGCUGUGGAUGUUCAAAGAACUUAGACGCCCUAACAGGAAGCGUGCACACCACCAGAGGGCUGGAAAGCGGAGCCACGCUCAGGGACUGUCCACCACUUGUGAGGAGCAAUCCAGGAACCCUGACAAACCCGCCACUGGUGAAGAAGUAGAGGAUGAGCCCGCAGAACCACAUUUCAGGUAUCUACCGAAGGCUCAAAGGACGCUCGUGGACAAUUGGGGACCAGAAAGCGGAAACGACGUCAGCUCUCGCUGUAAUCGAAGUUUGAUGUCCGGCGAUACUCGGCGGAUUGCCUGCGUUGCUCUGUCACACCUAGAGCAACUUAAGAACUGUGCAGCCGCGAAGACACACGAGCGUUACAUGGAGCUCGUCGAUAACGGGGAAGGUAGUAUCACGGCGAUGGUUCAAGCCGAGUUUGAGGCUGAGGAAGAGACAGAUCGCCAACUUGAGCAGAUGGAAAGGCAGGGUAUUGAGGGAAUUGGGUGGGAUGACGAGGAUGAGGAGGAGGAGGAGGAUGGUCCGAGGACUUAUCAGCUGUGUCUGGAUGAUCUCAUUCCCGCUGGUUUGCUGGGGUAUUGA